UCAGUUUGUAGUUAGUUUCCAAGUUGAUCGGAUCGCAGCAAUGUCGAACAUUGCAGUUAUCGGGGCAGGGGUGAACGGUGUGUCCAGUGCCAUUAAAAUAUUGGAGCACUACAAAUCCGAGGCAAAGACACCGAUAAGGGUGACGAUUUUAUCGGAGGCCUUCUCGCCAAAUACGACAGGAGAUGGGUCGGCGGGUCUCUGGGGACCCUAUCUACUGGGCGGCACUUCGCAAUCGAAAGUCUACAAAUGGUCGAAGAGUAUGCACAAAUUUCUGGAGGAGAUCUGGUUGAGUGGGGAUGCCGGAGAGGCUGGCGUCUGUCUGCUGCCCUGUAUUCGCCUGACCACCUCUCCGGCGGAUACCGUUGGAGAUUUCUGGCGUGAUAUUGUCUAUGGAGCCAUGGAUCUGUCCCAGAAACAGCUGGCUGAAUACAAUCAAGGCCGCAGGGUUAAGUUUACGUCUGGCCUAUCUUUCAUUACCUACACCUCGGAACCCAUUAAGCUUCUCCCGUAUUUGAUGAAGCGUUUCGCCCGGAACGGUGGUGCAGUUGUCCGGAAAAGGAUAACCGAUCUGGAUGCCUUUGUCGCAGAUUCCGAGUACGAUGUGAUUGUCAACUGUUCUGGAUUGGGUUCCCGAACUCUACUGAAGGACAACGACAUGUACGCAGUGCGCGGACAGGUUUCCCGGGUGAAGGCCAACUGGAUUUUCUCGGCCGUGCUGGAUGAGAGUGACGAUGGCCACUACAUUAUACCCAACACUGAGACCGUAGUCCUGGGCGGAACCCAUCAGGAGCGGGACUAUAACACCCAGGUCUGCCCAAAGGACAAGAAGAUCAUUGUGGAGGGCUGUUGCCGUUACGUUCCUGGUCUGGAGCACACUGAUGUCGUUUGCGACUGGGUGGGUCUCCGUCCAGGUCGCACCGAACUGCGUCUGGAAGCCGAACGCCGGGGAAGUAAGCUUCUUAUCCACAACUAUGGUCAUGGCGGCAGCGGGGUCACCUUGUGCUGGGGCUGUGCCGACGAUGUCCUUGAUAUCCUGCUGGCGGCCGGAAAUGGUUCCAAGUUGUAGGCCUACACCCUAUUUUAAAUAAAUUUAACAGCCCCUUA